CGUUUGUCGUAGAAGAAUUCACGUAUUGCUGUUCGGAUGUCGACUUUAGCGUUGGGAAUGUGUCACCCCUCCCGGCAGGCCGUGAAUGGUUUCGUCCAGUGUGUGAUGUCACGAGCAACGUUGGAACGCACUAGUAGCGCAGAGGACUUGAGUAAAUGUUGCACUUUAUCCCUCAACCUAUUUACUGCGUGCUUGACACGCGCUGGCUUUGCAUUUUUAUAUUUUUUGCUUGAAUGUUUAAAAAAGCAGACCAGAUCCCAACAUGAUCCAGCGACAGUGAAAAUCAACGAGAAGAAUUGGCAGUUGAAGGAGCGAACAUUGGCCAUGGCCCACUUGACUGACAUUCACCGGAACAGCUCAGGACCGGGAUGUGCAUCGCCAUGGUGAUCAUUUGCAAGAAGAGGCCAGUAAAGGGCGGCGACAAUGUAACGUGCAAAAGCGCACAGUUGGGCUCGUUGCGGGCGCAGACCAUGAGCCAAGGGACAACGCUCUUCCCUCGUGAACUUGCGGAUACAAGGCGAUGGUGUGAGGUGGCACGCGGCUGCGCCUCGCCGCAGAGUCCGGUCGGCACGAGCCUGGAGAGUCUUUGGGACGUCCUGCCCGAGGUGCACCGGAGCACUUCCCAAUGGGGCUGGGAGGUGGGCUCCGCGUCCGGUAGCAUCAACAGCCUUCUGCAGGACCUCAGCUUGACGGAGGCCGCCGCGUCUUCGCCGGCACCGCCUAGCAAACGUCAAUGCCGUUCGCUUUCCUGCUUCGACGAGCUGCAACGCUCCACCUGGAGACCCCAGGGAUCCAGAGUGUGGACGGCGGUUGAAAAGAGGAGGUGCCACAGCGGCGGGAGCGUCCACCGUGGCGGAAUGGCUCACACGGGCUUCCCGGCUAUCCAGCGCAGCUGCAGCUUCAGCCUCCCCGCCGCCCCGGCCCAGCCCUUCUACCUCUCUCAGGAAGAGAUCCCCGAGCCCGUCAGCUCGCCCGACUCCACCCCUGAGUUGGAGCGCCGAGGAGGGCCGGGGGGUCUGGCCCGUAGCCGCUCGCAGCCCUGCGUUCUCAAUGACAAGAAGAUGGGGGUCAAGCGCAGGAGGCCAGAUGACAUGCAAAGGCCCUCGCUGGAUCUGGCAAAGAUGACUCAGAAACUUCAGAACUUCCACAGCCUCAGCUGCCCGGGAAUCUCAGGCCAGUCCGGACACAGCGAGGACUUUUCUACUAGCAACGCUUGGGACGACGUUGCGCCUAUGACCAAGCACGAGCCGAGCGGCCUCGCCACGCGGGAGGCGGAGCGGCUCUCCACGCAUCGUAAAGAUACGGUGGCACUUUGGAGAGGCACCGGGAAGGACGCCUGUCUGCUCGGAGGCGAGCUGGACAUUGAGCAGAUCGAGCGGAAUUGAGACUUGAAAGUCUUACGGACAAAAGGACGUUGUUGUUGGGAGUGGUCUUAAGCUGUCCCCGAAACUACGCAGGGGUUCUAAGUGUGUCUCAGGAGACAAAGCAAUCAGGACGUGUCGAACGUCCAGGUGAAAUAACAAGUCUUAAUUUUUUUUCCUAACCCUGCGCCUUAUCGCAUUUUGGAGAAUUUGCGGCAGGUUUGUACAAACGCUCUGCAGUGGGGAAGACCAAACAGGCAGAAAUGGCACACACGGGAAAAUGCGGCUUCUAUUCCAUAGCAUUAAUAUUUUACAAUUUGUAACGACAAGCGUAUUUCUAUAUGAAUAAACAGUUUGAAAUGUG